UGAAGAUUGUACAGAUUGCAGCUGCAUAAAUUUAAACACCCAAAGUGAAAAACAAGGUUUGUUCUGAAACAUGAAUGAUCUUCCGAUCAAGUGACAAAGGAAAGAAACUCUGUUGCUUUGACUGCCAUGACACACCAGCUGUGAACCCACUCCUUUACUAGAUUUCCCCGACCAACUGACCUAGCUAAUCAAAACUCUCUUCACACCCUCCGGUUCUUGCUUCGACUGAAACCAAGUUCCUUUUCCUGGCCUCCCUCUGCUGAAAGAUUUCAGAAGGAAAGGAGAUAAACAUAAUGGUGUCAAAGUUGAUGUUUUCCUCCGCAUUCAAGUGAAAAUAAAGCAAACCCGAACCCAAACUCACACCCAAGUACCCCAUCUUCGUUUUCUUCCCCAAACCCAAAAACCCUAACGCUCCGAAAUCCAGAAUCUGAGAGUCAGUCGCCUUCCUUUCCUUUCUCAAUGGAUGAAACUUUCUUGCUAAUGUUAUCAAAUCUCCUUCACCUGCACAACUCUCUUGACCCCACCACUUCCCUCCUUUCCCCUGCCUCCUCUUCGCCUCCUCCCACUUCCUCGCCUUCCCCUUCCUCUCCUUCCUCUCUGCUUUCCUCCUCUUCCCCUGCCCCUCUUCUCUUCUUCACCCUUGCCUCCCUCCUUUCCUUCCUCGCCACUUCUUCCUCCAAGAAAGGAUCCAAGAAUUCUUCACCUUCGUCAGAGAAUAGAGAACCCAAUUCCUCUCCUUCUCCUUCUCCUUCGUCUUCCUCCCACUUCUCCAUCUCAGCUUUUCGUGCUCUCUCUACCGACCACAUCUGGUCCAUGGACGCCCAAAGCCGUGACGCCCUAUGGCGGUCCUUGUACGGACUCUCCUACCCCGUUUUUACCACCGUGGUUGAGAAGCUCAAACCUUUUAUAACCGCCUCAAAUCUUUCCCUUCCCUCUGAUUACGCCGUAGCCAUGGUUCUUUCUCGUCUCUCCCAUGGCUACUCUGCUAAAACCAUCGCUUCACGCUCUUCUCUGGACCCUUACCUCGUUUCAAAAAUCACGAACAUGGUGACUCGUCUCUUGGCCACAAAGCUCUACCCGGAGUUCAUUAAGAUCCCAGUUUCUCGCAGAAGGUUGAUCGAAACUACUCAGGGUUUCGAGGAACUUACUUCACUGCCCAACAUUUGUGGAGCCAUUGAUGGGAGCCCGAUAAAGGUCCGUGGCUUGAAACUCGACAGGAAUUUGAUGAAUUCUUAUAAAUGCAAAUACGGGUAUGAUUCAGUUUUGCUUCAGGUUGUUGCUGACGCUAGAAAAAUUUUCUGGGAUGUUUGUGUUAAAGCUCCUGGUGCGGCAGAUGAUGCUACGCAUUUUAGGGAUAGUUUGUUGUAUAAUAGGCUUACUUCAGGGGAUAUUGUCUGGGAUAAGAUGAUCAAUGUUAGGGGUCAUCAUGUUAGGCCUUAUAUUGUUGGAGAUUGGUGUUAUCCUUUAUUGUCAUUUUUGAUGACACCCUUCUCUCCGGAUGGGGCUGGGACACCGGCACAAAAUUUGUUUGAUGGGAUGCUGAUGAAAGGGAGGUCUGUGGUGGUGGACGCAAUAGGGUUACUGAAAACAAGGUGGAGGAUUCUUCAAGAUUUGAAUGUGGGACUCAAUCAUGCACCGCAAACGAUUGUUGCUUGUUGUGUGUUGCAUAAUUUGUGUCAGAUUGCGAGAGAGCCUGAGCCUGAGAUUCGGAAGGAUCCUGAUGAAAAUGGGGCUCCGGCAAGGGUGCUUGAGAGUGAGAAGCAGUUUUAUUAUUUUGGGGAAAGCUUGAGGCAGGCAUUGGCGGAUGAUUUGCACCAAAGGCUUUCCUCCCGAUAAUAUCUUCACUUUUGAGAAGAGGUUGAUUUUUUUAACCUUGUUUAUCUGUAAGAAUAUGUUUUUGAGUACUUCUAACAUGGAUGAGAUAACAUGUGUGAUUUCACUCUCACUAUGUUUCAUCUUUUUCUCGUAAGCGAUAGAAGUAGAUUUUGUGAGAAGUAAAGUUGAUAGUUGAUAUGUAGUGACUUUAUCAUUAACUGCUGUCGCAAACUAACCUGGCAUUGCAAGUUGAAAAUAAGAAAGUUAUGAGUUUAAAACGGGCAAUGCAAAACUUUUAGUUACAUCUUAUUAAUUGAUGGAUGCUUUUCUCUUCUUUUGCUUGAUUAGUUAUUAUUUGCUUUGAUGUACUGUAUAGUCAUAGUUGUGAGUACUAUGUUAAGUUGACCCUGUAGCAUUUGAUAGA